AAAACAAAAAUGGAAGUAUCCCUCAAUCCUCAUUGAUGUGUUGUGUCUUGAUCGACGACAAUGUGCCAUUCCUUCUCCAUGGGAGCCACUGCUCCUCCGCUCAUCAUCGCCCAUCGCCCCUCUCUUCCACUGCCGCCUCGAUUCUUUCGAAUUCCAUUCUCCGGGGAACCGCAUCAUCACCUUCGAUUGGCCUCUGCUACUUGCAGCCACACGGAUAUACCGGAACCGUCGGGUAUUGGGAGCAGUUCUAGGGCUGAAAACCAAGUUGGGAAGGACGACAAAAGUUCUCACUCAAACUCAUCGAAUGAGAUAUUGGACAAAUUGAAGAGAUACGGUGUCUCGGGAGUUUUGUCCUAUGGUUUACUUAACACAGCUUACUAUCUUACCACUUUUUUAGUCGUUUGGUUCUAUGUUGCGCCUGCACCGGGGAGAGUGGGUUAUUUGGCUGCUGUCAAAAGGUUUCUUAAGAUAAUGGCUAUGGUGUGGGCAGGAAGCCAAGUGACUAAGCUUGUGCGGGCUGGAGGCAGGGCGGUGGCACUUGCACCUUUUGUAGACAGGGGAUUGUCGUGGUUCGGCGCCAAGUUCGGGUUUGAGUCCCAAGGGAAGGCGUUUAUGGCGAUUGCCGGGAUUUGUUUUGGAUUGGCGUUCUUGAUGUUUCUUGGGGUGACCAUUCUCUCGGCGUAAAUCGUCAGCGAAUGCAGCCGUUGCUGUCCACCGGAGCAGCCGAGCCGAUCCGAGCAAGCUGCGGCAAUGCUUCGGAGAGACUAAUGUUUCUGAAAAAGUGUUUUAUGUGUUUUUGUUGUUCGUAGGUUGUGUGAGAGAAUUGGAUUUGAAUCCAAAGAAUAACGGCUUUGUUAGCCCGACACUAAUUUUCAUUUUUAAUUGCAAAUUCCUAAAAAUAAUGAUAAACAAUCUAAAA